GUUAGUCCACCCUUGGGUUUGUAAGUAAUAGUUUCACUUCACUAAGCAUUUGGUUUCAAUUUACUUAAUGUAACACCAAAUGUUAUGUAUUCAGCUACUCUUAUGCCCAAAAUUUUCCUUCUUUCAUUUGAUAUCUUUUCUCAUAUUUAGUGGGGAUUAUUGGAAUUUAAAGAUGGAAAAGUGCGCCGAAAACCUAUUGGAUUUUCUAAAACCGACAGGUUGAGAGCAAGUGGAAAAUCGAAGUUAAAUAGGCCUUUUUUGAAUUGCACCGAAGAAGGUUUUGAAAACAGACAUUUUUAUGAAGGUUUUUGUUUGAGCUCGCGACCGACCGGUUUUGAGAAAUCGGUCUGCCCAAUUUUGAGAAUUCUUCUUCGUGUUUGUGCGGUAGUUUUUGAGUUCCUCUUUAAAUUCCUUCCCUUACACAUCCUUGUAAAUUUGAUUUAAGGAUGUUUAUAAUUCUGAUUAUUAUGAUUGAACGUAGCCCCCAUUAUUUCUAUUGAUUAUGGAGCUCAAAGAAAGAAAAACAUUACCGGCGGCAGGGCCGCCACCUACACUUCCUCCACCAAAUAUACUUUCUCCGCCGUGUAAUCGGCCUCUACCGCCGCUGAAACUCUGUACUCGUCGCUCAACAACAUCAUCUUCGAAAGGCUUUGAUUGUUCAAGGUCGAACCCCCUUUUGCUAAUGUCGGAUGUAAAAGUUGCUAGUACUCCUAUGACAAACAUUGAUGAGAUACGAAGCAGUGAUUUUCGUGUGGUAUUAAAUUUUAUAACAUCACAUGUGGGCAAUGUUUUUGAAGAUGAUGAGAAACCGUAUAAUACACACAGCUUAGCUGCACCGCUUAUUCAAGUGUUUUCCGUGCGGCUUGACAGCUACUUGAAAGAUAAAAGAGCUUGUAUUUAUGGUAAAAUAAAUGUAAUUGAGGAUAGUCCUUCAGGCACAACCUUUACUCUGUAUGAUCGACCGAAGCAUAGUCCUGAGGUGUUGCAAAAAAAGGGGGCUCUUUUAUCUUUAACUGGACCAUUCCAUGGUGAAUCACAUUCUUUUGGUGCCAUCUCACGAUCUAGAGGAGCUACUAUGCAGUUGGCUCUUAGAGAUUCUGUUAGUGAUUUGGAAGUUAGAACAAGUUGAUGAUCAUUAUGACAAACUCCAAACUGUUAUUCUAAACAGUCUACAUGGACGUGCAACAGUGUAUUAUGCAACUGUGCUUUAUGGGGUAAUGGCACAUAUUGAACUCGAGUUCCAUAACGAUGAGGAUUAUGGAGGUGAUCCACCUUCAGAUGUUCAUCUCAUUGUGACUGCUCGUUAUGGCAAUAGCAAACUGUAUCCAACCGAUUCCAACUAUUUUCAGAUGGUACUUCUAAAGAAGCCCCUAGACGACUUAGUGCAGACGACAGAUGCUACUGGCACUAGUAAGUUGCUGUGUCAACAUUGUGUAGUUGUGCCAGCAUAUUCUUCACUUAUUGUAGAAGCCAACUUAUUUAGCCCCAGUGGUAAAAGUUUAUGUGGUUGUGUUGAAUUCUCAGCAGUUUAUGCUGGUCAAUUUAUUCACAAAAUGAGGGUGCUGAAUGGUCAUGUCCGAGUACAACUUACUUGGAACAGUAUGAAUAUACAUUGUCGACUUCCCAAAGACACAAGUGUUUGGGGAAGUGUAGUUCCAGCGGUGCCUAAGCCAUCAGGAGUAUUUUAUGCUAUGGUUGAGGUGUUCUCUAUUCUUAUUCGUGGGAUUAAUUAUGACGUUCAAAGUGUUUCUGGUACUGUUUGGAUUGAUGACGGCUUCGGGGAUCCCUUUUAUAUGUUCCAAAAAGAUAAAGGAAGUUGUGAAUCAGUUUUGCAGGAUGACAAAACUCUAUUUUUAUUAGGACCCGAAAGAAUUGCUCCCGAUUCUGACUUUUCUUUACGAAUAGAUAUCAAAGAUCCUAAAUGGGGGCUUGAACUCAGUAUAGGGGGUUUGCAAUGGAACUACAUUACACUUGGCCGCUACACUUGGUAUGACAAACGUUUAUGUUCUGUUAUUAAGGGCAAGGACGGUUGUGCUGUUGUGCAUCACACAAUCUUUUACGAUGCUGUUGAAGCUACCGUGGAGGCUAAAUUCUACUUUAAUGGUGGUGCUGAUGUUGACGCCUUUGUUUAUGGAUCUUUAGUUGUUCGCUAUGGAACCUAUGAGUAUCUUACAUCUUACGAAAACAAAUACUUCAAGACUAGGCUUUACCACAUGAAGAAAAAGGACUCUUCAUGGGUAGCCAAGGGUGAUAACAUUCCCUUGUCAAGAUCUAUAGUAGCUGUCCCAAGAAAUUCAUCUCUUAUAGUUGAAGUGGACUUGAUGGCAACAAGUGCUUCAAAGGGGUUUCAGUUCCCGGAAGAACAACUGCGUGGAGAGGCAGAAUUUCAUAUUGGUUCAGAUUAUACAUCUCAUAAUAUCCAAGGGGCAAGGGGAUUAUAUGUCACUCAACUAAGUGUCAAGUGGGGGCUUGGGGUUUAAAUGUCCAUGUACUUUCAGGACUCAGGUUCUCUUGUCGGAGUAUAUUUCUAAGAAGAAGCAAUUAAGAAAGAAGAAUCACAUUGACUUGUUGAUUGUAGAUAACUUUUACUCACUCAUUUACCAUUUCUCGCUUUUAAAGAAUUUCCUAAGACCAAUUAAUCUUUUUUGUUGUUACAUGAGGUUAUACAGAUAGCCAAUUGGCUUAUC